AUGGACAAGCCGGCCUCGAUCCAAUCGCUCCCAAAUGAGCUCAUUGAUAGAAUAGGCAGUUAUGCGGGGACGAUGUCGGACGUCAAGGCACUCCGACUCAGCUGUCGUACCAUGGGCGCCGCCUUGCAAAGCGCUAUCCUCAAACGAGUAGUUAUCGACCUGCAUAACGGCAACGUCGAGCGGAACGUUUACAAGCUCGAAACGUUGUCUGCGCCGACGAUUCCGAGCGCUCGUGAGGAUAUCGAGAGUCGCCGUCCGUGGAAGCUGAUGAUCCGGGAGCUGGAAAUCAAGUACCUCACGCCUUUGGAGGAUUUCAGCCGGAGAUGCGUGUCUAGUCGCGGAAGGUGGUUGGACGUGGCGUCUAGUACCCCCAUCGACGAGGAGGCUGGAAAGAAUGGGGAGAAAGCGAUUAAGGAGAACCUUCUGCCUGCGAUAGUCUCUCUGGAGGGACUUUCGCGGUUCCGAUGGACGAUACACAGGAGAACGCCCAUGUAUGCAGUGGAGGCUGUUGCCACUGCACUGCGCGAAAUCGGGACGAGGCUCACUCAGUUCUACUUGUCUGCGUCGGACGUCAGGACCACCGAGCUUGCUAGCUACCUUGGCGAGCAGGAAUGCUCCUUUCCCAUCCUCCGGACAUUGUCCUUGGAGUACGGGGGGCCUAGCGACGAGACUCGUGAACCCGAUCGCGCCACGCGGUGGGUGCUGGGGAUCUUGAAGAACUCGUCGUCCAAGUUGACCUCGUUGACAAUCCGCACCCCGAAUCAAUGGUUAGGGCUCCACGAUAUUGUGCCUUUCGUCCGAAGUGCAAGCCUUGAAAGUGUCACCUUGACAUCCGUGUGGUGCAUUGUGGUCCCUCCUGACUUUCGUCUCCCGCCGGCUGCAUUCCGCAAUCUAAGGUCACUGAACCUGACUGUCUGCACCCCGGACGAUCGAAGUUUGUUUGCGCACCUGAGGACGCCCCCGCUGCCGGUGGAGAGUGCUGAUGUCUGGACCGCGCUUCGUAAUGCGGGAGUGUGGGUGGCAAGCCUCCGUAUCGUGGCCAUCACCGACCCCCUGCUCGACUAUCUCACCGCCCACUCUGGCCCGCUCGAGCAUUUGACGGUGGUGAACUCGUGGAUAGCGAGGAGGGAGCAGGGGGACAAGUGGGCGUGGGUUUUCUAUGAGUCUGUGUUGCCGAGGCAUAAGGCAUACCUCAGGACGCUUAAGUUGGACACCGCGGCUUUGAGCGUUGUCGCUCUCGAGAUUUCUGUUGCUGGAUCUAGUGUCGCUUCGCAGGAGGUGAAGGAUGGUGGUUCCGGCCAAGCGAAUUCAACUUUUAUCAAAACAGUCUUGGAUUGCUGCGCGAACGGGUAUAUGCCGAAUCUCACCAACCUCAAGCUUUACAAUUCUGAAAUGGAGAGCACACGAGGUUCAGGAUGUGGGACUGCCAGGAUCAACCGACGUGAUUGGAUCACUGGAGUUAUGGCGCAAGCGCUCGAGCGGUACACAUACAUAUCGGAGAGGAAGCCUUUGCUCCCGCGUACGGUGGAGGUGGUGGGUGUUACGAAGUGGAGUUUGGAUGUAAAGGGACGUUUGGCUAGCGCAGAGAAGAUUUCGGUGUGGGGUUAUAAGGCGUCGCCUGGUUUUCGCCUUCAAACCUUCCUUCGCGGAACAGGAAUUCGUUUUUAG